AAGAAAUUCGAUAGAUAAUUUUAAAAAUGUCACGAUUCUUAUUAACAAACAUUUUCCUCUUGGCACUUGUUGUCGCCUGCGUUUACGCUGAUGGAGAAUGUACCGAGGAAUGUGGAGAAAAUGAAGAAUGUAAUUCAUGUGGAGAUGAAUGUGAGUUGAACUGCUCAGACUUAACCAGAGUAGCUUGUCCACUUAUUUGUAACCCACCGGCGUGCGUAUGUAAGGAAGGAUUCGCCAGAGACGAUAAUAGUGGCACGUGUAUCAACAAGCUCCAGUGCCCUAUGCACUAAAUAAAUAAAAUAUUUUAAUAUUUUACUUAUAAUUAGAAAAAAUCAAUUGGCUCAAAUAAAAAUAAUUCGUAAUUUUCUGAAUUUUAUAAUGAUAGACUGUAAGAAAUUGAGAGUGAAUUACUCCACGUUCACUCUGAUAAUUUUUUACAGUUUAUUGUUCAAAAUAUGUAAACAUUUGUGUAAUUAUCAAUAAAAUUUUAUUUCUCAAAAGUC